AUGCAACGUCUCGAUGCAGAGAGUGGCCGUGGUCGAGACGAUGAUGCAUUACUCCAUAUUGUCUGUGCCCUCGGUGCUCUGUUCUUUGCUGCAGAACAUCGGGAAGCCAGAGACACACCUGACAGUACCCGUAAAGCUGGCAUGCAGUGGGCGAAACGUGCUCAGCAGUUGGUCCUUGGCCAGCUCGGCAACAUUGUGGUUGAAAACCUCAUGACUGCUUUACUACUACAGGACUAUCAUCUCCGUCUCAGCAACUUUGGCGAUGCAUUUAUGCUGUCCGGUAUAACAGCUCGCAUGCAGCAGGCUCUCCAAAUCAACCUCGAGCACUCGACAGACAUACUUUGCGAGACUGGCUCAGGUCCAAGUGCCAGCACGAAGGAGUCUCGACGGCGUCUCAUGUGGUGCUGCUACAUCACCGAUUCUCUCAUUGGCAAUGGUGUCGACCAGCUCACUCUGAUCAAAGAACCCGACAUCAAAGUCCAAUUACCAUGUUGCGAACGCAAUUUCCUCCUACAAGACGCAUGCAUCACCGAGACGCUAGAUAAAGGGCAGUUCUUGAAGUUCUUGGGGCCAGAGCGUUUGCCGACUCAUUCGUCUGACAAUAUCGGAAUCAGAGGUCAUUUCAUUCGCUUUACCGCGGUUAGAAGGAAGGUGCUCAAGUACAUCAAGCACCUCAACGUCAUGAAGUCGCCAUGGCUACCCGACUCGGAGUUCUCGCAAAUAGUCCAGAGCGCCCAUGAUUGGUACAAUUCUCUGCCAGCGAGUCUGCAGUUCACCCCGUCGGCCAUGUACAUUCGCAAAGAGACACAGCAGCUUGGUGCGCUCUGCUCGUUGCAUUCGAUGUAUUAUCAGACAAUGUGCGAUCUCUAUCGGAUAUGUGCUCCAUCGCUCUACAAACUACGGUACUCCUUCACGUAUCCACCAGAACAGACUGGCUUCCUCCAUGGCUUGCAGCGGGACCUUUUCAGCCAUGCUCGCAAUCUGGCCCUGAUCUCAGCCGAAGCUUCGAGGCAUGGCCCUCAUGGACUUGCGGACUGCUGGUUCCCGACUGUGGUCUAUGACUGCUGCCGUGUAUUGCUAUUCCAUGCAACUCAGCUUGUCGAGCCAGCUGCGGAGAGAAGCAGGUUUCUGAUGCUCGAGACAUUGCCUCUGGUGCGGUCAAAUGUCAAGGUAUUAAGGACAAUGGAGCCGAUGUACGCGGUCUCCGAACUUCUCGCAAAUGCUGCCGAAAAGAUGCUGGAAAAGGUCGAAGUCGGCUCAGAAGCCAUAUCCUCCGGCCAGAGCAUUAUACCCGACGAGCCGUAUCCGAAUAACGACGUCGACGACACCGAACGUUCGGCGCCUGGCACGCCGGUACAGAGCGCUCCGGACUACGUCCUGAAUCCAUUGUCGAUCUACAGGAUGACCCGGAAGACCAUAGCAGAGAAACACAUGCCUGAAAGGCAGCCCAACGCUAUCUCGCCAACGGCAGCAAGUCGCCCGACCCCGUCACGGCGAGCUACCCUCCAGCACAUCUCCGCCAAUCCUUCUAUCACUAACGCCGCUCUGGAUACUGUUGCACCGCCGGCUGCUCAGACUGGCACUUAUGGUGCUGCGCAGAGUCAAGCUGCAUUUGAUGAUCUGAUGUCGCUGUUCGCUAGCGAUCCGUCUGGCUGGACGUGGCAACCGUCGGACACUGCUAUUGGAUCUCAGUAUGAGUCGAAUGGGCUGCCGCCGUGGGAGCCGACGUAUGUUGAUCAGCAGCUUGAUGCGUGGGUGCCGAUGUUCUCGGGUCAGACUCAGCAGCAGUAUGGGUUUCAGUGA